AUGGAGGAAACCUAUGAUGUUUUACGGCCAGGGGAGCGGCAAAGGUUGAGCAUCGCUUGGUAUAUGGUGGCUAGGGAUUGCAGAGACGAUGAAAGUGCUGACGGGGAUACGGAGGCGAACUGGCCUCGGCAAAGUCGAAUGCCGUGGUCCAAGGAGGAGAGCGGAGUCGCAACGAGGGUUGAGGAAAUAGUAAAGGCACCGCCUGUCGAAGGGACCAUGGUCAUUACAGAAUGGGAUGCAGACCUGUACAUGACCAAGACCAUGGCCUUGACUUGGGAUGGGCCGUUGACCAUUGUCAAGGUGGUCAGUCCGCUGCUGUAUGUACAUUGUGAGCAGGAUAAUUAUGGUUAUCGAGGCCUUCACCAGCCUGCGAGCCAUGGAAGCUGGCACUUACCAGACGUACGUGGUAUGGAAUUACUGGUUUCAUUUUCGAGCUCUUACAAAUAGCGGCUUUAUUCCGCCGGCGUACUGCCGGUGGUCGCUCGAGGCAAAAAUACCAGGUAGCAAAUCUCGGGCAUCUGGAUCUCGACGCGGGAGGAAAUCUGGGGUGUAUGAUUGUUAGAGGCAAGCCCGAGUAUAGGCGGGUUAAGG